AUGUAUGCAAAGAAGCUCGCAGGCCUCUGCCCAUUCCAGACUACGGUGCGUGGCAUGUGGAUGUUCGCGGAACAAGAAAGACCAGCUAGAGUCCUGCAAGCUCCAUAUCUGCCUCGCCAACCUUCCGUCUUCCCCUCCCCCUCCCCUCCCGAUUACAUGACAAGCGAUCCAUCGCUAAUGCGAUUUAUGAGGGACGAUUCUCGCUGCAAGAUGCGAAUCGCGGCCUGCGGCGGGUCCAGGUUCGAGUCCCCACAAGGACACAGCCCCGCGCCGGGCUGCGUUGCAGGCAGCGCAGCGCCGUGGUUGGUUGCGGCAGCACCGCUACGCCUCUUCACCUCUCUGUGUGCUUCCCAUCUGCAGAGUGUAUCACAGAUAAAGUCUCCUGACAUAGCACCUAAUUCUCGCGUUCCUGGAAACCCGAUAUACCAGGGAACGUAUCAAUUAAAAAAAGAAAAAAAACUGUGUCACCUUUUUGGCCUGCCAUUCGAGAUCACGAAAAACUGUUGGACGUCGCGGCGCGGCGCGGCGCGGCGCGGCGCGGCGCGGUGGCGUAGUCGCAUGCCAAUAAGGAACUGCGUCGCCUUGCGCUGCGCGGCUUCAGGAGCCUCGGAGCGCCAUUUGUGGCGAUCUGCUCUCUCCGUGUUUGCUUCGCGGAAGCAGGUGGAAGAGAAAAUGUUCACAUGGGCGCCGCUACAGUUAAUGGAUUCUCUCUUGUUGUUGAAGGAAGUGGUCGCCGGAUGCCGGCAGGCGUGCGGAAAAACACUGAGUAACCAGCAGCAUCUGCUCUCGUAUACACUCUUUCUUGCAUCGAUGUUUGUUUAA